AUGGCCGGCUUCUGUCUGCACAUCUGCAUCACCGCGGCUCUGAUGCCCAGGACUGUGAUUGAUCCGGCUGAGGAGUCUGAGGAGACUUCGAGCGCGCCAAAAGUCGGCAGCAGCGAGGACUCCGUGGCGCAUCAAAAGGAGGUCAGCAUAGUUGAGGGCGAGUUGGAAUACCUGAAGCCUUCCGGGGAUGACGUUGUCAUUACCACCACCACCAGCAGCAGGUAA